GAUGUUGCUUUUGGACGCACCAUCUUUGCCUUUAUCCCUGCGGCGGCGGCGGCACUAGGACCACGCGAGCAGGCGCCUCGGUUAUCGGGCUUGCACGACCUCAGUAUUGCCAUACACCAUUCAACGGAGGGCAAGUAUGCCGUCUGAUGUGAUGAACUAAGAGCCGUGGAAAAGAGUCCGCAUUUGAAGUAAAAUCAAGCAUUUCGAGGCGUUAAAAGGUUUGCGCGUGUUUUUUUGGCGGACCUGUCACGCACUCCAGCGCAAACCUUCGCUGCGGAGAUGGGAGUAAACCUGGAGACUGGGAUACCCGGUGAACUUCCAGGAGAGGGAUCUGUGAUUUGGAUUUAAGCUCGCCUCGGUCAUUAUAAACGCAGCUUGAAGAUUUGGAAGACCCAGCUGUCUUUUGCGCAAGUGUAUUGCAGUUUGUACGGGCGCAAUGGGAAAGUGAGGUUGCAUACGCCAUGGUGCCUAACCGGAGAUUGGGUCUGGCCCAUCCUUGCUGUAUCGGCCUGCUGUUUCUGCUCCUCCUGCCCAGCUCGGUUUCAGUGAGAGAACCUCGUCAUCAGUCCCAGCUCCCCUCGCUGAUACCUCACGCCACCCUGCCCCUGUCCCGCUCCCGCUUCAGCGCCAAAGCGCAGUUGGACCUCACCACCCACUGCAACGAGAGCUGCUUCCACAAAGCAGAAGACAACGAUAAAGAGCACCUAGCGUUCGAAACUCUUUACUCAGACGGCUCGCGAACUUUAACCACCGUCGACCUGGAAGAAAGCGACACUGAACUCAAUGCCAAAGCAACCGCUCCCAGGCGCAAGCGGCUAAAGCGCCAGAUCUACGGUUCGGACGGGCGCUUUAACAUCCGCGGUGACCACUUCCUUCUGGACUACCCCUUCUCCACAGCCGUCCGCAUCUCCACCGGCUGCACUGGAGUUCUGGUGUCCCAGCAGCACGUCCUGACCGCGGCCCACUGCGUCCAUGAUGGGAAGGAUUACGUCAAGGGAGCGAGGAAACUCAGGGUGGGCUUUCUGAUCCCUCCGUCUGUUAACGGUACAAAGCCGGGUCAGGCUCCUGUGAAGAAACCCUUGGUGCGCUGGGUGAGGGUUAAGCGCACGCGGGUUCCUAAAGGCUGGAUUCAAGGCCCUCAAGACGUCAGCAUGGAUUUUGACUACGCACUUUUAGAGUUGCGCUGGCCUCACCGGCGUCCCUUCAUGCGGCUGGCUGUGGCACCCUCCUCAGACAGUUUGGCUGGUAAACGCAUACACUUCUCUGGUUUUGACAGCGACCGGCCUGGAGAGCUGGUGUACCGCUUUUGUCCAGUGGAGGACGAGUCCAACGACUUGAUCUACCAGCACUGUGACGCGCGGCCUGGAGCGAGCGGCUCUGGUGUCUACGGACGCGUCUGGGACGAAACAUUAGAGCGCUGGGAGCGCAAGGUGAUUGGGAUCUUCUCGGGCCACCAGUGGCUGGAAAUCAACGGCGAGAAUCGCGACUACAACGUGGCUGUUCGAUUCACUCCACUGAAGUUCGCGCAGAUCUGUUACUGGGUUCAUGGAAAUAAGGUGGACUGCAGUCAGGACUGAAAUGAUGUGACACAGAGGAAUGGGAUGAUAUUAAAUCAGAGGAUGUUGGACACUGCACUUUACAGUCCUUUUACAGGUGUGGCUACUGAAGAAAGAAGGUCCAUGUCUGGUAGAUCAUUACUCACAGGCUUUGAUCACUCGAAUGGGCUGAGCUGGAACUUUGUUUAACCACUACCUUUAGCUUUUGCUCACUAUACUGACAAUGUUACACAUAGAUUUAGACCCAGAGUCCUGCAACCUAGUAGAUUUAUCUUGUCAAGUCUUUGCCAAUGUUAAGUAGACAUCUGAUCUCAGUUAUAUGAUUCUUUCCACAGCCUUGCUUUGGUCAGAUUACACAUUAUAGAUGCUUCGGUCUGUUCUUUGCACUUUUAGAUUUGGUAUGGAGAGAGUUUUUUUUUCUUGAUAUAUCAUGACUUGGGUGUUGGUUAACAGUAGAUUAACAUACAGGUCUUUUCAUAGACAGGUCUUGGCCCAAUCCAGGAUUAAGCCAUAGUUCAAGUAUGGCAUUUAAGUAAUUUUUUUAAACUUGCCUUUGAAAGAGCAUUACUGGCACUGACAUGUUUUAAGAUCAGUCGGUGCAAGUUUUUGUUUUUUUCAGUCCAAGACUAAGUUUUGCCUGUGAAACCGGGGGACAGAGUUUCUUUGGUGACUUAAAGUAGCUGCAAAAUGGCUUUUGAUUUUUUCCUUUCCAUCCCUGCAUAUUUGUUUGGUCUGCUAAGCAUAAAGUUUCUAUGCCUUCUGAUUUAUGAUUACCACAAUAACAUAAAAAAAUCAAUGACUGUGAGAUGUAGAAUGGGUGUUAAAUUGAGAGUUUGUAGACAGAGUUUUAAAAUAUGUAUAUUUAAAGCAUGGAUUCAAACUAUCAAAAAGUUGGUUUAUUAAUGCAUUCAUCUGACUGUAUGAAUAUCGUUCAGUUCUGCAGUUACACAUUUCUAAGACAGAUAAAGACCUCAUAUUGGUAAAAUGGCGUUGAGAUAUAAUUUUCCCUAUUAUUAUAUGUCGGAUUAAUAUAAAAACUGGACACAGACUAAGAGAAAAAGGUUGUGGGGUAAAUGUUGAUUAUAAUUCUAUUUUUUAAAAGCUUUUAUUUUAAUAAACAAAUAUGUCUGUCGUUUUUCCUGUCUUUUUCAUUACAAUGUGAUAUGUACUUUCUUAAUGAGGACUUUAUGAAGUUAGUGGUAACAUUAGAUAUGAUUCCGUGUUGUAUGUUUCCUGUAUUAUUUAGAAAAAAAAAGGAUAAAAAGAAAAGGAGAACUACAAUUUUGGUGUCUGUACGUAAAAUGCGACACUGGUACCCUCUGGUGGUAAACGCAUUAAAAAAAAAAGUUUCCUCACGGUGCACUUAA